CGGAAAUGCCCCUCAAAGCUGUAGUGGAGUCUGUCUUCCACGUAGAACAUUUUAGGAAUAUAGACCUCUUUAACCAAGGAUUCUAUGCUCUAGCUGUCAAGAUGUACCAUGAGGAAGGAGACCAGAAGGUUUAUAGCUACCCUCUAGAGAUCAGUCUAAGUAAGACAGCUGAGAAAAUGACCAGGCUUACUGAUGGAUUUCUUGAUGAUACAGAGAAACUCUUCUUUACUAGAUCUUUCCUUAUUAGGUAUUUUGAUGAAGAGGUUGAAAUUAAUGACCUCUGCACCUUUAGAGCAGAGGUUGACGCCAAAGAUGGCUUCCUCAAUACUGAAUUCUUCAUCGAGGCUGAACUUUACUACAUCGAACUUAAAUCGAUGGGUGAUGGGAAAUUAUCAGACAAAGAGAAAAUCAUUGUAGAAAAGUUUCCACUCAAGCCUGUAAGCAAGGCAAAACUCAAAGUGAUCAGAUUUUGUAAUGGGAUCAGUGAGUACUUCCCCAUUGUAUUUGAAGGACAGUAUUUCAGUCAAUUCAAUUGCACUAUCCAUAGUUGUUUGAUAGACAUAAAGUACAGACCUUAUGAAAAUAAUUAUAUUGAAGAUCUUUCCCAGUAUAACCUGGAAUACUUGGGAAAUCUCAUUGUUAACAUGUACGAAAGAAUGACAGGGAAAUACAAACGGUAUCUCUCUGAGUGCCUUGAGCCAGAGCAGCAUGAAGAGCUUGGAGACAAGGUCAAUGUGCCUCAGAUAAAACUUCCUGGUGAAGAACAGUCCAAAGAACCUGAAGAGACCGAUGAAUCAAGCAGAAGAAAACCUGACUUUGGCCCAGGAGAGGAGUAUUGAAUUUCAUCACCUCAGUCUCCAGCAAUGGGAUCUGAUAACGAAGAUUUUAUUGAUGACAUUGAGAAUAUAAGUGAGGAAAAGACAGAUACUAAAAUCCCUGUCUUAAAGAACAAAAAGAAGAAACUUAUGAAUAAAAAUACCGGCAAUUUUGGAUCAAGAUUUAACAUCUCUGAUCCCCUUCAGAUGACUGAAAGAGUGUCAGCUGAUUUUAGCUAUAUAUCAUUCCAACUCUGUGCUCUCUGGAAUUGAAUAGUUGAAUGUAUUAGGAUUGAGCCAAAGUUCAUCCUGGAGUUCCUUAAAGUUGACUAUGAUCAAAAAGUUCGUGAGAAAUGGUGCGAAAAUGUAUACAGAAAGAUUAUCAUGACCAAAGAUUUCACCUGUCAUACAGACGAAGACUUCAGAGAAAUCCAUUCUAAGUUUUUACAAGAUAGACUUGAGAGCGGCUAUAAGGAGAGAAUUAACAACCUUGCUGUCCAAGACCAGCUAUUGUGGGGUAAACCUGAGUUGCAUCCAAUGCUUAUCGAGCACUGAUAUCAGAGAAACGAUCCGUUCCCCUCAGAUUUCGAAACAGAGGCUGAUUCAGAAAGAGAUUGCCCUUAUGAAGGAUACUAUACUGGGUGCCAUUUAAUAGUCUUUGCACAUGGAUUCCAAGGAAGCAGUACUGACAUGAAAGUACUAAAGAAUUACUUUUCAAUAAUUCAUCCUGACGCUGUCUUCUUACUUUCUGAUGCCAAUCAUAAUAACACUGAAAACUGAAUAGAAGACAUGGGUGAAAAACUAGCUGAAGAAAUCACUAAGAAAAUAGAAUCAUACUGUCCUGAUUCUCUCGGAAGAUUGAGCUUUAUUGGCCAUUCUAUGGGUGGAAUCAUCAUCAGAGCUGCUCUUCCUCAUUUGGAAAAAUAAAUACAAAGAGCAGAUGUUCACUUUUAUAAGCUUGUCCUCUCCUCACCUGGGAUACAUGUACAACGCAAGUAAGAUAAUUAGCACAGGGAUGUGGAUCAUGAAACAGUGGAAGAAAUCCAAAUCCCUUGCCCAGCUAAGCAUGACUGAUGCCAAAGACAUGGAGGAUACAUUCUUAUACAAACUCAGUUGUCAAGAAGGACUGAACUGGUUCAAGAAUGUAGUGUUGAUCAGUUCCUAUAAGGACAGUUAUGCUCCAUUUGAUUCUGCUCGGAUCCAAAACUGUACUCAAGCAACCAAAGAUUCAAAGUAUGGAGAAUUCUACAUGAAAAUGGCUAAUAACAUUCUUGAAAAGCUGAGCACAAACUCUAUUCACAGAAUUGACGUCAAUUUUAUGAUAAAUGAAAAGAACAUGGAUACAUUUAUAGGCAGAGCUGCUCAUAUUCAUUUCUUAGAGAAUCAAUACUUCAUGAGAAUUCUUAGUCAUAGAUUCUUGGAGUUCUUUGAUUAAUCAGAUUAAUUCAAAAUUUUCAAAAAUG